CCCAGCUUCUUGUAGUGAUAUAAGCUUUGCGACCACCCCUUGGCUGCUCUGAUUUGAUGAUUAGUUCUAGAACACUGCUCAGCAUGUCCUUCGGCAACGCACUCUCACAACCGUUCAACGUCUUAUGGCGCUCUGCCCUUGUCAAAUUGCCUCGUGCUGUCCCAAAGGAGAUUUUAAAAUGGACUUGUCCGCAAGGACCGCAUCCGAUUGUGAUAGACCUGCCUUCGCCAAGGGGAAAACACAAGAUCCCUGUUUUCGUGUUUGUGCCCAGAUCUAUCACGCCAGAACGCAAAGAUCCGGUGCCCGUGGUCAUUGAUUUCCAUGGUGGCGGCUUCUGGAUGGGAAGUUGUCUUGAACAGGCGCCCUUUUGUACAACCAUGGCAAAUGAGCUAGAUGCAGUGGUCGUCAGCGUCGACUACAGAAUGGCCCCUGUGGACUCAUAUCCGGCAGCGCAGGAGGAUGCCGACGAUGUUCUACACGCAGUGCUUCACCAAAGCGCACCAGGAUACACAGUACUAAGAGACGGUAUCCGCAAAAAGAUUUUAUCAAGGUGGAAGCAUGCCCAGAAGAAGUCAAGCACCUCGUCAGUUGAUCGAAGUCCAGAGCGGGCACCCUCACUUUCUCACAUCGACCUGGACAAGUCAAAAAUUGCUGUCACGGGUUUCAGUUCUGGGGGCAACCUCGCCAUGAACAUUGGCAUGCAUAUUUCUGGAAGCGACGGCCAGAAAGAAUGGCCGUCCCCAUUUCCUCCAGACCAUCCGUAUCCUUUUGCUCUGGUCUUAUACUAUGCGGCCAUCGAUCUGCAGCAGCUGCCGUCGGAACGCACAAGGCCACCAAAAUUGCCAGCUCCCAAAGGCUGGUGGUCAGAGCUCAACGACAUGUUGGCUCCGGCAUACUUACCUCGAGAACGUGCAGCAGAAUAUCGCGCGUCGCCGGGGCUAGCACCCAUCGAGAGCAGCCUCCACAAGCAAGCUCGUCUACAAUUUGUCCUAGCAGAGGUCGAUGCUCUCACUCCGCAGAAUGAUGAAUGGCUCUCGAAGGCAUCGAAAGCUGGUCGAUCAGAUGACAUUGUGGUGCAUCGCUACGAAGAUCAGACGCAUGGAUGGACGCAAAUGCCAGAAACAUGGCUCAAUGAGGAGCAACGACGGACGAGGGAAGAUGCUUACAACAAAACCAUUGCCUUCAUCAAAAGCACGUGGACCAAUGAAGACCUGAGCCCACUUAGGAUGCAAAGUUCGUCGGGGUUUCUGUCGGCCGACGUAUCGGAAACCCAAGCGACGACCAAAAAAGGUCACAAAUUUUGGAAGAGGAGUCCUCGAAGUAGCCCUCGGCCAAGCCGUACGCCGAGCCCAAUCCAAGAAGCUGGUGUGGAAUGAAGAUAACUCAGAAGAUCAAAGCACGCAUACAUAUGCAUCUUUAAAAAUUUAUGCACGGCUACCCAUUGUUUUUGGUGUCGAUACGGCGAGCAGCGGAUGCUUGGGUCAUUUAAGGAACUGUUAUGAAUCCCCCAAUCGAAGGAAGGCACAGCAUGCUACAAAAGCAUCGCUCAUGAAUAGAUUAGAAGUACUUACAGUCAGGUAAUGAUUUGGUGUAGAUCUGCCGGUGGAUAAGCGCCGCAAGUUGUUUCGUUGACCAGUAAUGUAAUGAAGAUACCUUACAAAAUAGUAGCAGUAAUGUUAAUUCAACUGGAAAAUA